AUGUUGUCACAAGAACUUCCACAUCUACCAGAACCAAUCUCAUACCUUACUCUUCGUCAUCCACUUCUACCUAUAGGGAUCUUCCAGGACCAUUUCGACAUAGACGAAUAUAGACCUUACCUUGGUGGCGGUAGUUCGGUAUACCGGGAGAGGUAUUACGAUAGUGGACCCAGAUUUGGAAGUGGUGCCGCAGAUGACUAUUUCCUCGGAGGCGGACCUAUCAUAGGUGAAUCUGGCUUUGGAUCUUUGUCCGGCAGUUCAAGCUUCGAUUACCUUCGUGGCUCCGGUGAUUCAGGCUUAGAUUACCUUCGUGGCUCCGGUGGUUCAGGCUUAGAUUAUAUCGAUUCAGGGGAUUAUAUUCCCGGGGCGGCUCCUCAUCAGUUUAUAGGGGAUCCACAGGAUUUCCCUCCUCUUACUACGUCCGGAGAUCGUACAGCCUUCCCCAGACCUAUUACGGACCCCGGGUUACCUCGGUCAGACGAACGUACACCUCCCCCGGAUAUGGUAUUGGAUUCUCAACUUACGGGGACGGGGGUUUGUGGGGGGAGGCAGAUUUCAACAAUACUUCUAGACGGUCCGGUGUAAGGACAAAGUAAAAAAAAAGAUUUCAUUUUACAUUUGUAUAUAGACGCCCGAGGUUGAAUAAAUUAUCAUACAUCACUGACAAA